AUGCUCCAGACAGCAACAUUAAACACCGUCUGCAACGAAUACCACGUCAUUGUUGGGGCUCUGAGCAACGUCUUUGAGCAGAUGACUUUGUUGAGACAGCAGGAGCUCGCUCAAGUCCUGUUGGGCUACCUGAAGCAGAGACACGCCUCGGGCUCAACUUGCGGGUCCGACACCAGCAGCCUCAGUGCUUGGCUUGAGGAGAGCUUUGGCAAAUUCUCCAUCUAUGUGGAUUACAAAGACCUGCGUGAGAUCAACACGGGCUUCGACAGCUUUGAGGCGCUGGACAUUCUGAGCACUUCUCAGGUUGCUCAACUGACGCUAGAGUCUGGAGCGCUGAACAGCGCAGCCCUGAUAAACAUGGUCUUUGAACGUCUAGAGCACGGCAACUCCUUCCAGAAUAUUGAAGAGUUCUUUGUGACUCUCACCCAAACCUCACAGGAUUUGGACAUCAACCCUGUGGUGAGGGACAUCAUGAUGAAUCGAACCUUCACCAUCAUCAGUCUUCAUUUUGCCGACUUUGUGACCGACGACUGGGUUUCCUGGUUCACGGUGAAACUGAAUCCUCUCCUUCCCAGCUUGACAGCAGAGAUGCUCCAGACAGCAACAUUAAACACCGUCUGCAACGAAUACCACGUCAUUGUUGGGGCUCUGAGCAACGUCUUUGAGCAGAUGACUUUGUUGAGACAGCAGGAGCUCGCUCAAGUCCUGUUGGGCUACCUGAAGCAGAGACACGCCUCGGGCUCAACUUGCGGGUCCGACACCAGCAGCCUCAGUGCUUGGCUUGAGGAGAGCUUUGGCAAAUUCUCCAUCUAUGUGGAUUACAAAGACCUGCGUGAGAUCAACACGGGCUUCGACAGCUUUGAGGCGCUGGACAUUCUGAGCACUUCUCAGGUUGCUCAACUGACGCUAGAGUCUGGAGCGCUGAACAGCGCAGCCCUGAUAAACAUGGUCUUUGAACGUCUAGAGCACGGCAACUCCUUCCAGAAUAUUGAAGAGUUCUUUGUGACUCUCACCCAAACCUCACAGGAUUUGGACAUCAACCCUGUGGUGAGGGACAUCAUGAUGAAUCGAACCUUCACCAUCAUCAGUCUUCAUUUUGCCGACUUUGUGACCGACGACUGGGUUUCCUGGUUCACGGUGAAACUGAAUCCUCUCCUUCCCAGCUUGACAGCAGAGAUGCUCCAGACAGCAACAUUAAACACCGUCUGCAACGAAUACCACGUCAUUGUUGGGGCUCUGAGCAACGUCUUUGAGCAGAUGACUUUGUUGAGACAGCAGGAGCUCGCUCAAGUCCUGUUGGGCUACCUGAAGCAGAGACACGCCUCGGGCUCAACUUGCGGGUCCGACACCAGCAGCCUCAGUGCUUGGCUUGAGGAGAGCUUUGGCAAAUUCUCCAUCUAUGUGGAUUACAAAGACCUGCGUGAGAUCAACACGGGCUUCGACAGCUUUGAGGCGCUGGACAUUCUGAGCACUUCUCAGGUUGCUCAACUGACGCUAGAGUCUGAGCGCUGA